AUGAAUGUGUUCUUUAUGGAGGUGGUCAUAACCUUAAGAGUCUUGUUGGAAUUUGGCGCUACUGGAAUUUUUAUUCACACAAUGAUUGCUCCAUCAGGAUGCAACUUUUCACCGGCAGCUGGAGCCAAGGAUGUGAGUAUAUACUUUUUCAGCGCUGGUGCGGUAUUAGGCCAGAUUGUCCCUGUCGUGUCAAUUGUUACUGGUCUAAUUUGGAGACAUCGUUUGGGAAAAUCGCAAACACCUCUUACAUCUAUGCUCUUGAAUCAAGCUCUUGUUGUUAGCAUGAUGAUUUACAACUUCUUUCCCCAACUCCGCCUUGGAAUGCACGAUGGACAUGCUAUGUUAUCAUGGUACAACACUUUGUUGUCGGUUGCAACUUGCAGAUUAUUGCUGCAAAUGUGGAAGCUAGCCGCGGAUGAGAGAGAGAAAAAUUAUCCAAGGCGGGAUGCUUUGAACCGAAGAAGUUCCAUUAUCCUGACCACUGUUAUCAUGGAAUCACAUCGUCAAAUUACCGACACGACUAGUACUAUGCCGACUUAUUCAAUCACGACCCCUAAGAAUACCAGGAUGAAGUGA